AUGAGCAAAAGCCACAAGCUGACUUCCAAAGAAAAGUUUAUCAAAUGGCGCAAUUACCAAUCUUCACAAGAGUCGGUUUUUCUAGCUAUAAUAAAUCAAUAUUGUGACAUUACUAUACACAAACCCGUCAAAAAGGCUUUAGUGACUUUACAAUUCGUUCAAAUCGACGAACUUUCCUUCUCGCCAACAGACACCAUCAACUUUUCCAAACUUGUUCAGAACUUAGUUAAACAGAGAUUGGAGUAUGAAGUUUCUAUUGGUGUUCUUCCAAAGACGGCGAUGCGAAGGAGUGAGAACUAUCGAUUCACUAUAACUCUCAAUUUAUUAGUCGACUUACUUUCAGAGUUUCGUUACGUCCUUAACACUAAGCCGCCUGUUUCAAAAAAGGCCAAAGAGGCCGUUAGAAAUGAAAAAGAUACAAUAGGGGAGACCAUCCACUCCAUUGCAAAAGAUGGAAUCAUCUUAUUUGGAAAACAAGCAAUUGAAAGGACGGGAAGGCUCAUCAGUUGCUACCUCAAUUCAAUAGAAUAUGGUGGGUUAAUGGUCACCACUAUAUACAAAAACGAUAAAAACCUCGCAAAACUCCUCACCUGCUGA